UUGCUUUCAAUUUCUACUGGUCAAAUCUCUCACACCCAUUUUCCACUGACCAAAUCCAUCCAAGUUGAAGGUGAAAUUAUUUUCCUACUUCGUCCAUUAGACUGAACAGCGGUUUGUCCCCGGUUGUUUUCCCGUUUUAGCUAACAAUUCCGCCUCGGUAAUAUUCAUCAUCAUGUCAUUAUUCGGUGAGGUUCCCCAAGCCACCCCAGUGGCGGUCUUCAAACUGUCGAAUGAUUUCAAAGAGGACCCGAACCCCAUGAAGGUGAACCUCGGUGUUGGAGCCUACAGGACAGAUGAGGGCCAGCCCUGGGUGCUGCCUGUGGUUAAGAAGGUGGAGAAGCUCAUCGUAGCAGACAACCGUCUGAACCAUGAGUACCUCCCCAUCCUGGGUCUGCCUGAGUUUAGGUCCUCUGCAUCCAAGAUCGCCCUGGGAGAAGACAGCCCUGCCAUCCAGGAGAACAGGGUGGGAGCAGUGCAAUGUCUGGGGGGUACAGGUGCUCUGAAGAUGGGGGCUGAGUUUCUCAGACGCUGGUACAACGGGAACAACAACAUGAAAACACAUGUCUACGUCUCAGCGCCAACCUGGGAAAACCACAACUCUGUGUUUGCCAACGCUGGGUUCGAGGACGUCCGUCCCUAUAAGUACUGGGACGCAGAGAAGCGGGGACUGGAUCUUGCCGGUUUCCUAGGUGACCUGGAGACUGCACCAAAGCAUUCCAUCUUCGUUUUGCACGCUUGUGCCCACAACCCCACCGGCACAGACCCUACACACGUUGAGUGGAUGCAGGUGGCUGAGGUCAUGAAGAGGAGGAAGCUGUUUGUGUUCUUUGACUCUGCGUACCAGGGUUUUGCGUCAGGCUGUCUGGAUAAGGAUGCAUGGGCAGUGCGCUACUUUGUCACCCAGGGCUUUGAGAUGUUCUGUGCCCAGUCCUUCUCCAAGAACUUUGGCCUUUACAAUGAACGUGUGGGGAACCUGACCAUCGUAGCUCGUGAUGCUGACAACGUGAGGAGGGUUCUGUCUCAGAUGGAGAAGAUUGUCAGGGUGACCUGGUCCAACCCUCCCUCCCAGGGUGCCAGGCUAGUCGCCAUCACACUCAACACAGCUGAACUCUUCGCUGAAUGGAAGGAUAAUGUGAAGACCAUGGCAGACCGUGUGUUGUUGAUGAGGGCUUCACUCCAGGCUAAACUGCAGGCUCUGGGAACACCAGGAACAUGGGACCACAUCACACAGCAGAUCGGCAUGUUCAGCUUCACUGGCCUCAACCCUAAACAAGUGGAGUACAUGAUCAAGGAGAGGAGUAUCUACCUAAUGGCCAGCGGUCGUAUCAACAUGUGUGGUCUGACCACUAAGAACAUCGACUAUGUGGCCAAGUCUAUCCACGAGACUGUUGUCAACGUCCAGUAGAAGACAACAAUACCCUUAGCACUGGCCCCUGUCCACCACCAGCAGUGUGUGUGUAUAAUGUAUUAGACCAAGGGGGAGCCUGGUACGGGCCACAUCCGGCCUGCAAGACAUUGAAAAAUUAAAUAUAUAUUUUUAGAAAUCUUUUUUUCAUGGUAUCCAAUUGGUAGUUAUAGUCUUGUCCCAUCGCUGCAACGUCCGUACGGACUCGGGAGAGGCGAAGGUCGAGAGCCGUGCAUCCUCCGAAACAUGACCCGACCGAGCCGACCGACUCAGAAGCCAGCCGCACCAAUGUGUCUGAAGAAACACUGAACACCUGGCGACAGUGUCAGUGCGCAUGCGCCUGGCCCGCCAAACGAGUCACUAGAGCGCGAUGGGACAAGGAAAUCUCGGGCCUGCCAAUGCCUCAUGGGUCUCCCAGUCACUGCCAGCUGUGACACAGCCUGGGAUCGAACCCAGGUCUGUAGUGCGAUGCAGUGCCUUAGACCGCUGCAUCACUCGGGAGGCCCCCGCAAAUUAAUUUUAACAAACAAUUGGUCCCCCCCAAAAAUGCGGCUCCGUUGAAUUUCAAAAUCCCAAUUUGUCACUGGAGACAGUUUGCCCACCCCUGUGUUAGACCAAACACACAGAAGCCCCCUUCCUAACUCCCAGCGCACCACUGUACGCCGAGCUGAUCAUGUCACUGCCUGUACAGAUAUAUUCUAUUUUAACCCUUAAACUAAUGCACAAGGCAGCGUAACAGUUAAAGACAAGUCUUAAUCAUUUGUCUGUGGCUCUGUGUGUUUGUCAUCCCUGUGUGUUUGUCAUCAAUACUGCUUGCAGUGGAGAGGGGUGUCAUUUCCUUUUGUGUUUGUGUUCAGUGGUGUCACGAAUAAGCAGUCUCUGUCAGGACAUUGUAGAUGCUGUGUGGUUCCACACUAAGGCACUGACUGGGUGUCUCUCGACACUUUGAAAUGGCUUCCUUUCCUCAUCUCCUUCAUUGAAACUGAUGUUUCUUCCACCUGUCAUGUACAUACAGCCAGAUCAGUGAUCAUGGAGGGAAGGACACAAGGAAAGGAGGUAUGUAAAAUAAGCUAUAGUGUUUAAACUAUUGAGACACAGGCCAAGUGUAUCUGGGUGUAUUAGAUUAGCUGGUGAUUAUGAUCUUCCAUUGCUUAAUCAUGUUAUUGACAUUACAAUGUGGUUAGUAUUGCUGGAGUCGUUCUUGAAUUGCUGUGGCAUUGGGGACUGGCGUUUUGGCAAAAAAAUCUACUUAAUUAUUCUAGAUUUUGUUUAUUUAAAUGUGUUUUGGUAUAUCCUCCCAUUCAACAUCAACUAAGAUGACUGCUUAAUGACAUUAUGAUAACAUUGUGCCAUCGGUAGGAGUAGUAACACUAAUGAGAAAUUUUAGGUUAUUUUCUUAAAUUGAUGCAACAUACUCAAAUCUAAAGUCAUUAGCUCUUUGAAAAUCAUUUUUGACAUAAUUAAUAAUUUAGCUCACAGUGUAAUUUCCCUACAUUUUAAAUUGAAUAACACAGAGGGACACUUUGGAUUUCGACAUACCAAAGUAUCAAUGGAAUCUGUCAAAUGUAUGACAUACUGGGUGUGAAUCAUUAACAAUUCUCUUCAAUAUAGACCCCUCCCUGAUACGUUCCCCACUGGAGGGAAUGUUCAAGGUUCUUGUUUAUAUUUGCAAUGAGUGAUUGUCAAGGCAGGAACCCCAAAGACAGACACCUGAGGGACAGACAUACUAUUUUAAAAUAAAUAGUUAUUUUAAUAGCCUCUUUGUUUUUAUUGAUGUAUAUGAUACAUUUUUCUCUCUCACUUUCUAGCAUUAAGAGUAAUACAUAUAAAUCCCCAAAAUGUGUCUGUACACCUCUACACAUCACUAGUGGGACAAGCCAAUAUCUAAACAACUCUACACAUCACUACUGGGACAAACCAAUGUCUAAACAACUCUACACAUCACUACUGGGACAAACCAAUGUCUAAACAACUCUACACAUCACUACUGGGACAAGCCAAUUUCUAAACAACUCUACACAUCACUACUGGGACAAGCCAAUGUCUAAACAACUCUACACAUCACUACUGGGACAAACCAAUGUCUGUACACCUCUACACAUCACUACUGGGACAAGCCAAUGUCUAAACAACUCUACACAUCACUACUGGGACAAACCAAUGUCUAAACAACUCUACACAUCACUACUGGGACAAACCAAUGUCUAAACAACUCUACACAUCACUACUGGGACAAGCCAAUGUCUAAACAACUCUACACAUCACUACUGGGACAAGCCAAUGUCUAAACAACUCUACACAUCACUACUGGGACAAGCCAAUGUCUAAACAACUCUACACAUCACUACUGGGACAAGCCAAUGUCUAAACAACUCUACACAUCACUACUGGGACAAGCCAAUGUCUAAACAACUCUACACAUCACUACUAGGACAAGCCAAUGUCUAAACAACUCUACACAUCACUACUGGGACAAGCCAAUGUCUAAACAACUCUACACAUCACUACUGGGACAAACCAAUGUCUAAACAACUCUACACAUCACUACUGGGACAAGCCAAUUUGCUUACCCUAAGUACUUUAAAAAACAAAGCAUAAACAAAGUUUUGCAGUAUUAAGGACAAAUGUUUUAUCAUAGAUAAACAGUUCAAAACGUUUUUGGUUAUAUUGAUGUGUAACUAUUUGUCAUUUUAAAGUGAUUUUCAUGGUUGCAAGAGACGCAAAUACCACCACAAUUCAAGAACGACCCGGUUGUAAAAUGCACAUUCCCUAUUCUGUUUGACUUACCACCUGAAUACGUUUUAUAGGAGGAGUUGUUUGGGUCCACUUGAGAGCGAAUGUCGCAAAAUAUGAACUGUGACCCAAGUAAAACGUAUUUGACUUGGAAAAAGUACUAGAGUGAAACAAUCAAUUGACCAAAUCAGUCACGCACUAAAUAUAUGUAGGAUGUUAUAUUUACAAUCAAGUUUAUUUUAGUGCAACGGGACUUGAAGUAAAAAUCCUGUAUUACCUCAGACCUUAGCUGUAUGGAGCGCUCUGUUGGGGAAGCUGUUCUCAAAGUCCCAGGGUGCGUUCAAUAGGGAUAAAUAGGACUGUUCUCAAAGUCCUGUGGUGCGUUCAAUAGGGAUAAAUAGGACUGUUCUCAAAGUCCCGGGGUGCGUUCAAUAGGGACAAAUAGGACUGUUCUCAAAGUCCCGGGGUGCGUUCAAUAGGGACAAAUGGAACUGUUCUCAAAGUCCCGGGGUACGUUCAAUAGGGAUAAAUAGGACUGUUCUCAAUCAGAGAGCAAUAAUCACUUUUUAUUUUCAGGAUUUAAAUUAAGGGUCUGCUCAAUCAGUCUGUUCUGAUGCUGUCUCUGUCUGUAGCAUUAUUAUUGCACUAUUAUCAGUAGCUACCAUCUCAAUGAUAUACAUGUAAUGUUCAAAAUUGCACAAAUGAAAUGCGCUCACAGCUAGUGUCUGUAAGUGAAUACCUAUGUAUCUCAAGGGGCUUUGACUGAAGCCUUGAAUAAACAUCUACCCACCA